CCCCGGGAGUGUUGCUGGCGGGAGUUACGUGGCAGUUGAACUAUUGCCUCACAGUCUCAUAAAAACCUUGUUAGGAACCAGAGAAUGAGGUAGGGGGGCUGUUCCCGCAGCGGCGCACCGGCACGGCCUUCCCCAGUGCGCUCCUUUUAGCUUUAGCCUCAAGCUAACUGUACGCAGUGGCGACUACUUAGGAACUGCUGCACGCUUAACUCGGCACCGCAUGCACCAGGUUUCAGCACAUGGACACUUUCCGGUUACAGUUACUUCUGUGUAGAUCUCCAAUUCCUAUUGCGAGUCAGCAGCAAGUUCUUCAUUAAAUUAAAAUGUAGUAUUUUUAAAUAUCUUUUCAAAUAUCUUUAGCCUCAGGGAUCAGAAGAGGCCAAAGCGUUUAUAAAUGCCUUCCUGAAGCGUAGUAUGCCAAAAAUGAAAGAUGAAGCUAUCCAGGAUAUAUUAACUCGGAAAGCUGUAGUUCUUGAGCAUUAUUCCAAAAAAAAGGCAAAACAAAAGAGGAAAAAAACGAAAGGCUUUACUGCCAAGCAAAGGCGAGAAUUACGUCUUUUUGAAAUUGAACCUGAACAGCAAAGAUACACCCUCUUUCUACCACUACAUGAACUCUGGAAACAGUAUAUCAGAGACCUGUGUCAUGGACUUAAACCAGAUGCGCAACCACAUACGAUUCAGGGCAAACUGCUAAAAGCUGAUCUCCAUGGAGCUAUUGUUACAGUCACAAAGUCAAGGUGCCCUUCUUAUGUUGGGAUAACAGGAAUCAUUCUACAGGAAUUUAAACAUGUCUUCAAAAUUAUCACUAAAGAGGACAAAUUAAAAGUUGUUCCCAAACUUCACAAUGUAUUUAGCUUGGAGAUUGAUGGGUUCGUUUCCUACAUCUAUGGAAGCAAGUUCCAGCUUAGAGCAAGUGAGCGAUCUGCAAAAAAAUUCAAGUUGAAAGGAACUAUUGACCUAUGAUUUUUAUGGAAAAUCAGAAGUAUUUAUAGAAAUGUCUGCUGUUUUCCUGCAGUUUAAAUACCAGGUUUUCUGGCACAUUGGAAGUAGAAUAGCUGUGUGAAAUAUUUCUGAAGCUUUUCUUCUUACUGAAGAAUUAACUGGUAUGUGUUGUCUUUAAAGGAGUCUCUCAGACUG